ACCUGUAUACUGGAUACAAUAUACAACUGUGGUAAUAUACAACAUUUUGAAAUGAAUAUACAUUGUCAAUAGUUAUAUUUAAAUAUCUGGUCGAUAAAAUAUGCUUGCUUUAAGAGAUUACGGUAGCAGCGAUGAUAACAGCGAGCCAGAAAAUGACAAUGAAAAUGCAACGAAUCAGGUUAACCACGAUAUCGUUGCAAGUAGUACUCCUGUCGUUGAAUCUUCUCUUUCUGUAGAGAAAUUGAAUGCGUCUAUAAAUGUACAAAUUUGUUCAGCUCCGGAAGUAAUACCAACGGGAUCUGAAUUAUGCGUGAGACACGUAGAUUCGACUUUACAAGAGGUUACGCACAAUCCCAAAUAUGAGGAACUGUUUGCUCCGGACAUUGGCCCUGAAAAUCCUUUUAAAACGCAGCAACAACGUGCUGUAAAAAAUAUGCUUUCUGGAUAUGUAGAGAAAGCUCAUAUAAGUGAAUUUCAAUUUGAAAAUCAGAGAAGAACUUUUGCGAGUUAUGGAUAUGCUUUGGAUCCGACUGUAGAUGGUAGCGCGGAGGAAGGUAGAACGAUAAUUGGAGCGAAAGAAGCGGCGGAAGAAUGUGGUGGCAAAACUGUAUUUGAAAAUACGACAUUGCGACCCUCUGAUAAAAGAAAAAGGCAUAGGAAUGAUGAUCCUGCAGAUAUCGAAGGGUUUUUAGGACCAUGGGGUGGAUACGUAGACGAAAAGCGAAUUAUCAAACCUACGGAAGAAGAAGCUGCUGAAUUAGAAGAGAUAUUAGCCAAAAGAAACAGAAGAGGAAAACCGACGGAGGAAAAACCUCUCGAAGAAAAGACAGUGUUACAUAUCAAAGACAGUGUGGACUACCAAGGAAGGUCAUUUUUGCAUGCGCCUCAAGAUGUUGGAGUUAAUUUGAGAUCAGAAUCGCCACCCGAUAGAUGCUUCUUACCAAAGGCACAAAUACAUACGUGGGAAGGUCAUACGAAAGGUAUUUCGCAGAUCAGAUGGUUUCCGCGUACAGCCCAUUUAUUGCUUUCUUGUAGUAUGGAUUGCAGAGUAAAGUUGUGGGAAGUGUAUAAGGAUAGGAGAUGUAUCAGAACUUAUUAUGGUCAUCGUCAAGCUGUAAGGGAUAUAAGCUUUGAUAACGAUGGCCAAAGAUUCUUGUCGGCCGGUUAUGAUCGUUACGUAAAGCUGUGGGAUACAGAGACUGGUGCUUGUAUUAGUCGAUUUACGAGUAGAAAGAUUCCAUACUGCGUCAAAUUUAAUCCUGAUUUAGAUAAGCAACAUCUGUUUGUAGCCGGAACUAGUGACAAGAAAAUUAUUUGCUGGGACGUUCGUUCUGGCGAAAUAACUCAAGAAUAUGAUAGGCAUUUAGGAGCUGUUAAUACGAUAACGUUCGUAGAUGAAAAUCGAAGAUUCGUAACAACUUCGGACGACAAAAGUCUGCGAGUAUGGGAGUGGGAUAUACCGGUCGAUAUGAAAUAUAUUGCGGAUCCUUCUAUGCAUUCUAUGCCCGCGGUUACUCCUUCUCCGAAUCAAAAAUGGCUUGCGUGUCAAAGCAUGGACAAUAAGAUUGUUAUAUUCUCAGCAUUGAAUAGAUUUAAAAUGAAUCGCAAAAAAACAUUUACGGGUCACAUGGUUGCUGGUUACGCUUGCGGCUUGGACUUCUCUCCUGAUAUGAGUUACCUCGUAUCGGGUGACGCGGAUGGAAAGUGUUAUAUUUGGGAUUGGAAAACAACCAAAUUGUAUAAAAAAUGGAAAGCUCAUGACGGUGUAUGUAUCGAUGUAUUGUGGCAUCCACACGAACCUUCGAGGCUAGCUACAGCUGGUUGGGAUGGAAAAAUAAAAUAUUGGGACUAAGUGUCAAUUAUAUUUUUACAAAAAAGAAAAAAAGAAAGAAAAAUAAUAUUUAUAUUUUAUACGAUGUGUACAGAAAGAUUUAUUUCGCGCAAAACUUUUCGAUGACGAUAUUAGAUGUACUUACAAUUAGAUGGACGGAUGUAACGUAGUAAAGUUAUUGAAAAAUGUCAA